AUGGCUGGUUCGACCGAGGUAGAGGAUAUCGCCCUCCUUCAACUGCAGACAGAGCAAGGCCCUCUUCUUGACAAGAUUGACGAACUUCGUACGAUUGGAGUUGGUGGACUUGUCGAGUUGCCGCAGCUCAUCGUCUGUGGAAACCAAUCCAGCGGUAAAAGCUCUGUUCUUGAGGCUAUUUCUCGAGUGCGUUUCCCAGUGAAGAGUAAUGUUUGCACUCGAUUCCCGACGGAGGUCAUUCUCCGUCGUCAUCCAGCGCCCCGGUUCAAAGUGUCUAUCGAGCCUGGGUCAUCUCGGACGACCAAAGAAAGUCGUCAGACGAUCGAAGCAUUCGCACCAGCCGAGGUCACCAACGGUAACCAGUUGGAGUCCCUGAUUGAGAAAGCCAAGGAGUGUAUGGGAAUUACUGGCGAGGGAUUUAGCGACGACGUUCUCAAAGUCGAGAUAUCGGGACCUGACAAACCAGAAUUGACACUUGUCGAUCUGCCUGGCCUCUAUACAUCCCACAGCACAUCUCAGGAUGAGCAGGGGAUUAGGAUUGUCCAUGAUAUUACCAAACGCUACAUGGCAAACAAGCGCAGCAUCAUUCUGGCUGUAGUUUCGGCAAAGAACGACUACCACAACCAAACAGUGUUGAAUAUGGCAGAGGAAUUCGAUCGAUCGCGAGCGCGCACUAUCGGAAUAAUCACGCAGCCUGACACGCUUGAAGCUCACUCAGAUGAAGAAACGUCUUGGUUGCGGAUUCUUAAGAAUGAGAAAGUCCCUUUAAAGCUCGGGUGGCAUGCAUUGCGAAAUAGAUCCUUUGAAACUCGGAAAGUAUCGGACGACGAAAGAGAUAGCAAAGAGAAGGAAUUCUUUGCCGCAGGAAAUUGGGGCUUGAACGUGGCAGAUUGUAUGGGAAUCGAUAAUUUGCGGCGUCGACUGAGCAAUGUUUUGCUGAAGCACAUUCAACGCAACCUCCCAGAUCUCCUCGCUGAUAUCAAUGAGAAAGUGCUGGAUCGACAAUCGAGGCUGGCCAAAUUGGGUCCGCCUCGAGGCACUCUCCAGCAACAGAAGGGAUUCCUGCUCGAUAUCAGCAGUAAAUUCGAGCGCAUCACCGCUCAAGCAUUGAAUGGCAUGUACACAGAUGAGUUCUUUGGCGAUUUAGAUAAUGGAACAAAGCCGCCUCUCUAUCAAGAUCUUCGGCGUCUUCGUGCCACUAUCCGUGCACUGAACGAAUACUUUGCCGAUGCCAUGGAUAAUGUCGGGUGCCAUCAAUACAUCCGCGAGCUCAAUGGUGAAAGAUAUCCGCUGUCCAUGUUUGGAAACCCCUACACAAAUAUCAAAUCACCGAAAUACAUAACCAGGUCCGAAAUCGAAAGUGACGUCAGCGUACAAGCACGUCAAAAUCGAGGAAUUGAGCUUCCAGGAAGCGCCAAUCAACUUUUGGUGGGAAAGCUGUUUCGAGAACAAUCCAAGCCAUGGGAAGAACUUGCUCGAGAGCACUUGAUAAAGUCUUGGGAUUCUGCCAGAGAUUUCAUCAGCCUCCUCUUGCAAUAUCUCGCCAAUGACCACACCUACUCCCUCUUGCUGGGUAAUGUUCUUGAUCCAGAGCUGGAGAAAAUGAAGGAUCGUCUACUGGCAAAGCUAGAUGAGUUGACCGCAUAUAAUAAGCGAGGCCAUCCAUUGCCUUUAGGCAAAGGCUUUCUUGCGAAAAUCCAGAAAGCCAGGAGUGAUCGCCAAAUCGACAGACUGCAACAGACUUUGCAAUCAGGAUCUCGUUCCGGAGAUGAUUCUAUUACUAUUGAGCGGCUUCGGCAAGCCAGUCAUGAGCUGGAAUCGACAAGCAAUCAGUUCGCAGCAGCAGAUAUUGUCGAUCAGAUGCAAGCAUAUUAUGAUACUGCUAUUAUCACUUUCAUUGAUAAUGUUGCCACGCUUGGAAUUGAAAAUUGUCUACUUGAUCCUCUCAGCAGCAUUCUUACAAGCCAGACAAUCAACAAUUUGGAGGAUAAACAGGUUCAGGACCUUGCAGCCGAGCCAUCCUCUAUCUUGGAUGAGCGAGAACGCCUGAUUCGAGAGUUGGAGAAGCUGCAAGCCGGCUCGCGGACAUUGAGCAAAUUUAAUAUCCGGAAGGUCGUCGCGCAACCCGCUCUUGUCAACUCGAUCACUCAGACCAAGUCGACCCGCGAAGCCACCAGUGCGAGUGCACCAAGCUCAGCGCUUGCUUCUCAAGCUGCCCUUCCUGGGUCGCACCUCAAUUUGUUUGGACAAGGGGCGCCGUUAACUCCAUCCCCCGUGGUGGGAUUCACCGCGAACACAAGUACUGGCAACAUGGGCCUCUUUGGUACUCCAAAGAGCUUGCAACCCGUGAAUGGUAGGGCUCAUAACCUGGAUGCCAAGCGUCGUAGCCCAUUUGGCUCCAGCGGGUCCGGGGUUAAAGGCGAAGCUUCUUCUAAUACAUCAUCACUAUUUGGUCCGGCCAGAACUCCCAACUUGAGUACUGCCACAAAUGGGUCUUCAAUUGGUGAUUCAGGCAAGCCGUCUUCAAAUCAGCCAAACCCUUUCUCGUUUCUGACUUCUGGGAACCCUCAACGCAAAGGUGAGAAUACGGUGCCGGUCACUCAACCGAGCAACAGUUCUCAACGGUAG